GCGCUGGCCGUGUGUUCCCGCCCAGGCUCCCGCCUGCAGCACUCGGGCAUUCGUUGGGCUCCUCGCUGGGGCUGCAGGGUGGGGACAGGCAGUGUGCUCGCCUGCGAGUGUGGGCGUUUGAAUCCCGCUCGCCCCGGGUGGCCGAGCCAUGGGGACCGCACUCGUGUACCACGAGGACAUGACGGCCGCCCGGCUGCUCUGGGACGACCCCGAGUGUGAGAUAGAAUGUCCUGAGCGCCUGACUAUAGCCCUGGAGCGCCUGCGGCAGCGCGGCCUGGAGCAGAGGUGUCUACGCUUGGCUGCCAGAGAGGCUUCGGAGGAGGAGCUGGGCCUGGUGCACAGCCCCGAGUAUGUGGCCCUCUUGCGCGGGACCCAGGCCUUGGGCACUGGGGAGCUCCAGGCACUGUCUGGACAGUAUGACGCCAUCUACUUCCAUCCGAGUACCUUCCACUGUGCCCGGCUGGCUGCAGGGGCUGCACUGCAGUUAGUGGAUGCUGUGCUGACUGGAGCUGUGCAAAAUGGGCUCGCUCUGGUGAGGCCUCCUGGGCAUCACAGCCAGAGGGCUGCCGCCAAUGGGUUUUGCGUGUUCAACAAUGUGGCAAUAGCAGCCAAACAUGCCAAGCAGAAACACGGGCUGCACAGGAUCCUCAUCGUUGACUGGGAUAUCCACCACGGCCAGGGCAUCCAGUAUAUCUUCGAGGAUGACCCCAGCGUCCUUUAUUUCUCCUGGCACCGCUACGAGCAUGGGCGCUUCUGGCCCUAUCUUCAAGAGUCAGAUACAGAUGCUGUCGGGCAGGGGCAGGGCUGCGGCUUCACUGUCAACUUGCCCUGGAACCAGGUCGGGAUGGGAAAUGCUGACUAUGUGGCUGCCUUUCUGCAUGUGCUGCUCCCCCUGGCCUUUGAGUUUGACCCUGAGCUAGUGCUAGUCGCGGCAGGAUUUGACUCAGCGGUUGGGGAUCCUGAGGGGCAGAUGCAGGCCACUCCAGAGUGCUUCGCCCACCUCACGCAGCUACUGCAAGUGCUGGCCUGUGGCCGGGUCUGCGCUGUGCUGGAGGGCGGCUACCACCUGGAGUCGCUCUCUCAGUCAGUGUGCAUGAUGGUGCAGGCACUGCUGGGUGACCCCCCUCUGCCCCUGUCAGGGCCCAUGGAGCCACAUCGCAGUGCCCUGGAGUCCAUUCAGAGUGUCCGGGCAGCCCAGGCCCCUCACUGGAUGAGCCUCCAGCAGCAAGACGCAGCCCCCGUAUUGAGUCCCAGCACCCGCUCCCCAGAGGGGAGCAUCUCGCCUCUGCUACCCGGGGGGCCCGAAUUCAAGGCACCUGUGGUUCAGACUGAGGCUCAGGCCGUGGCUGCCUUGAGCUCCCUACUGGACCAGUUGCGCCUCCACCCCACACCCCCUCUCCGCACGGCUGUUGCCCUGACUGAGCUGGAUGCAGCCCUUGUCCUGCCCCCUGAUGUCCUCCAUUGGGAGAGGUCAGCCCCGCAGAAGGAGAUGCAGGCAUGGGCCAGGCCACAUGAGGCCUUGGCCCAGGACAAGUCCUUCAACGCACUCGGGAAGGUCCUGUACCUCUUGGACAGCAUCCUGGAUGGGCAGGUGAGCAGCGGCAUCGCAGCCACCCCGGCCCCUGCUGCAGCUGCCACCCUGGACGUGGCCAUUCAGCGUGGCCUGUCCCACAGAGCCCAGAGGCUGCUCUGUGUGGCUGUGGGACAGCUGGAUCGGCCCCUGGACCUUGCCGAUGAUGGGAGGAUGCUGUGGCUGAAUAUCAGGGGCAAGGAAGCAGCUGCCCUGUCCAUGUUCCAUGUUUCCACACCACUACCAGGGACAACUGGUGGUUUCCUGAGCUACAUCCUGGCCCUGGUGCUGCCCCUGGCCUAUGGCUUCCAGCCUAACCUGGUGCUGGUGGCACUGGGGCCAGCCCAUGGCCUGCAGGCCCCUCAAGCUGCACUCCUGGCUGCACUGCUGCGGGUGCCAGCAGGGGGCCGAGUCUUGGUAUUGGUGGAGGAGGAAUCCACACCCCAGCUUGCAGGGGUCCUGGUCCAGGCACUGCGUGGAGAGGCCCCCCCCAGCCUGGGCCCCUUCUCCAGGGCCUCCCCAGAGGACAUGCAGGCCAUGGAGCAUCUGCGAGGGCAGCUGGGGACACAGUGGAAAAUGCUGCAGGUGGCCGGUGAGGCUAGGGGCUCGGGCCAGCCUCGACAUCCCAGCCGCGGGACCGAGGCUCCAAGCCGGAAGUGCCCCCUGGACGGCAGCUCCAGCCCCGCCCCCUCCACCGCCCCUCCCCCGGUGACGCAAUUCCGGCGCGCCUGCUCAGGCGAUGAGGCCUGUCGCACGGCGGUGACGCGGCGGCGGUGA